UACCCCUCAAAGUGGUGAAACCUGAAACCGGUGCAGUUCGAUUUAUUUUACGCGCUCUCUCCUCGUUCCCUGGUUCGUAAGCUAUUUGGAAAAAGCCGAAAAUUAUUAUUUUGUCGCAAUUUAUUAACCGGAUUCUAGUUUGUUCCUUUAACUCAGAUUUCUAUCACUAGAAAACAAAAUGCCGAAAAACAAGAAGGAUGACACGUCCGAUUCAGACUCCGGUCCCGAUGAUCGCAAUCCGGUCAAAAAAAGCAAACCUGACACGAAACCGGCUGCUAAGGCUUCCGCUACGUCUUCGGUGACCAACAAAAAUGGCGAAGAAGAAUGGCAGUUGGACCGGAUGCGAAAGGUAACCGUCAGCGAGUUCCGCAACAAAAUUUUCGUCAAUGUGCGCGAAUACUAUGAAAAAGACGGCCAAACUUUGCCCGGCAAGAAGGGGAUCUCGUUGACCGUCCCUCAGUGGAAGAAGCUGCUGGAGCACCAGGACGAGAUUAAUGAGAAAAUUAAACAGUUUUAGAGGUUUAAGUUACUUAUUUUUACCUUUAUUUGUUUUGAUCAUUUUUCGCUUCCGGUGUGCCAGAACCUAAUUGGUGUGAUCCGUGUAAUGCGAACUCUAGCUCGUAAGUCAUGUUCCUGUUCAACUGAAUUCCUUUGAUUACCGAGAGUAAUAAAAAAGUUGUUUGUACAUCA